AUGAUUCCCCAACGUGUGCCUUCAUCAAUGCGAAGAUCUGUGUGACAGACGGGUGGGUGAGGAGUGGGGUUUAGGGUUUUACAUUGACUCGAGGAGAGCGGUGAGGCUCAGGCGGCACCGACGCCAUGAAUGCUCGGUGCGACAGAAGGAAGGUGUCAUGAAGACUUAUCAUCCUUCGUGUCUGCUCCGUACAUUUGAUAAGCAUUUUAAUAAAUAGCGAAGCUCGGUGGAAUGAAAUAAACCAGAGAUGAGUCAUUAACGAUCCUGUCGGAGCUCACUAUUAGUCGACGACACAAGGAUCCGCUCGCGUGCCCAACGCGAUGACGUCUCUAAUAAUUCCGAGGUGAGGAACCAGCUGGGAUGGCAUUUUCCAUGACUCCACUAGCCGACUGCAGCUGUCAGUCCUGAUCCUCGCGUGAGGCCACAGGGCUUGCUAUUUCCUCAGAGAGAGAGAGAGAGAGAGGCGGUGAACCGAGGACGAAGGGUCUGCUCGUCUAUUUUUUUCCUGCGGCGCAACUCUUUCUUUCCCUCUCUCUCGUCUCUCGUAGUUGUCUUCCGCAGUUCCUGUCCUGCACUCUCCUUCCUGUCUCUAUCUUUUCUCCGAGUGUUCUUGUACUUACGAGGCAAAGGGACUGAAGGUUGACAUCAUCGGUGGCGUUUUCAUGUGGAUUUGUUUCUCAAAGGGUGUCUCACAGAGCCCAUUGGCAUUCUGUCCACCUCCAUGUUGGAGUGAACUUCUUUAGAACCCCAUGGGAGACCCUGUGGGAAGACGGAGGUGGACAUCCUGCCAACUGGGUUCUGUCGGUUUCUCUUUGCGGAAUCCAUGUGAUGAUAGUUUCUCCCUCCGCUGGUCGUCUUCUUCAAUCUGCCCUUGCUGCGUUGUCCCUUCACGGCACCCUUUUCAGGUAUUCAAUCCCAUCAGGUUAUCCCCUCGUCUCCUUGUCGAUUGUUCGUGGCUAAAUAAAUCUCUACUGGAUCUUCUUCCCCUUCCUGGUCUGUCCUUCAGGUCGUUUGCGGGAUUCCAAGGACACUCAGCCGCUGGGCCCCAACCUCGUCUCCUUGAGUUGUUGUGCUGUGAUCUUUGUGCCCCAACCUUCUUUGUAUGCUUCAGUCUUUCGCCUGCGUUGUUGCACCGGCCAGGGGCUCACGCUGUUUCUUUCUUCAUUUCCAGAAAGAUUUCCCCGAGCGACGAGGGAAAGAAGUCGCGGUUGUAGAUAUGGUUCAGACGCCGGGUGAGCUCUUUCCAAGCAUCUAGUUCUUCUCUUCUCUCUCCUCUUCCUCCGGCAGACUGAUACGAAGAAAUUCGAACACGAACUUUGUUCGUGUUUAUGCAGAACGCAUGCUCAUGUAGGUUUGCUGAAACCUGUCGUCACCCUGAUGCUGUCGGGGCUCCGCCUCCAUUGCUCCCCGGUAGUUCGAUGAGAUGAACAGGCUUUCUGGGUCCGUCCGGCAUGCACGUUCCUUGGAAGCUCGCGAUCCCUGGUAUCCAUCUCUGCAAUACCUAGGGUUAGGGUUCGUUCUUUUCCCCUGCCAGUGUACCUCGCCACUGUAUGCAAUUCUCAAGUUGAAGGUCGGGCGAUCGCGCCGGUAAGCAGGAGAGAAGAUCCCGUGCGCCGCCUGCGAUUCUCCCCCCCCAGCGUGAAGCGCGCGGUAGACGGCCUCGUACGAGAGGAAGCUGGAAACGUCGCUCACUUCAUCUGCCCGCAUACAAAAUUUCCUCAGCAGGCAGAAUUUUGGAGUCCCCCACCUACCGAUCCUUCCCUCUUUCCAAGAUCCUGUCCAAGAUCUAUCUUGCUUGAUUCUUCUAGGAUGCAGGAAUCUUCCGCAGAAGAUCUCCCAAACGGGAAAGGUCCACACUGAAAGCGUUUGCAUCAGCUUCGACGUGAGCUAAAUUUUCAGAGACCGUUUUAGUCAAGAAUGAAAUAAAAUUUCAUCGAUUUUGGUCAAUGUCUACGCGAUACCCAUCUGAUGGUCAACGCAAGCUUAAGGAGGUUUGUACUAGGGGCUAAUGGAAGAUGGUUGAGCCAGCUGGCUCGUCACUCGUCUUGCCAUAAAUGACUUGACAAAAUGCAAGGAUUUGAUUAAAGUGAUCUAGCAAAGGGCCCCCCGGUGCAAGUGUCAGGGCCUCUUUCUCAGGUCCUUUCUUACAUAAAAGGCCUUCUCCGGCCAGUGCACCCGCCGGUCAACGGCGUCCUCAGUCUCGCUCAGGGGCGGCGCCGCCCCUCGAGUCCUUGCCGGCGGCGCUCAGGUUACCUGUGUACGACGCCCAGAGCCGCUCCACGUCGGCCGGCACCAGCAACCUUCCGGGCUUCCCCUCCGGCUCGCCCUGGAGGCAGCCGUCUUUGCGCCGCGACAGCUCCGUGCCGGGGCUACCGGUGACAGGCGUGGAAGAGCAGAAGGCGGGCGUGGCGAACGGCGAGGUGCACGGGGUGUCCUGCCCUGAGAAGGGACUGGGCGAUAUCUUCUUCUGGAUGGGGAGUCCUCCGAAGCAACCCCCCGCCACGUUGAACAGCGGCGGCGGCGCCGUCUCUGCCGCCGAGCAUCUCUUCGUUGCGUCGUCCACGUAGAUCACGUCGUCGAUUCUCGCGAUGAUGUUGAAGGCCAGGCUCUCCAUUACCCUCGAGUAACUCUCCAGGAUCGACUGCCCCACGUCCUGCGAGACCACGCUCCACCCAUUAUAUAGGCAACUCCACGACGACUAACUUGCCUUGUUGUAUUGAAGCGAUCGAUCCUCUUCUUUACCUUGUUGUAUUGAAUCUUGUUCAUGUCGAGAACGGUCUGGGGGAGGGCGGGGUGUCGUAGUCUCAGCCUCUGCAGGAGGCCCUCGGCGCGCUCCGCAAGGCAUUGGUUCUUCUCUGUGUCGCUCACGAGGCCCUUGAUCUUCCCGCUCCAUGAUUUCUUGGCCUUCCCGUUGUGGGCGUGGUGCCUCUUCCAGUCCUUCUGGCCCCAGACGUGUAUGGCUGUCUCGAUCCUGUUCGCAAUCUCCACCGCGUGGUGCUCCGAUGAUAGGUCCAAGCAGUCCAGCAGGCAUUCUGGAGAAAACUGCUCCGCCGUGAUGUACCGGUAGAUGAUCUCGCCCAAGCAGGAUUUGCCGGUCUGCCACGAGAGAGAACAAUGAGAUUUUACGACUAAAUUUUCGAUUCAUGCAUACAUAUAUAUAUAUAUAUAUAUAGAGAGAGAGAGAGCAGAUUUGCACAAACACUAGAAUAAAGCCCGCAGAGAUCAGUAGAAAAGGAAAAUACUUGGAAAAAUGAAGAAGAGACCAGGCAACAACGACGCAGCAUUGUAGAAGGUUUAUAUGAGUUCAUGAAACGGGAUUCAGUUCUAGGAUAUCUAACACAGGGAGCUAAGAGCAUUUUUCAUAGUGAAGUUGAAUCUCACAUAGGUUAGAAAACCUGAGAACACUUUUGCGGCGCAUCUAUCAGUCGAAUCUUAGUUAAGAAGAGCAGCCGCAAGUUAUUUCGUGAGAUCAGUACUCAAUAGGAUAUCAAAAUUCGGGAAGCAUUUAUAAUUUACUAAAAUCAAUAUAAAACCAGGCAACAGAACAUAUGAAACAAUUCUCAACAAAAUAAAGCAACUGGAAUAAAAAAGAUAACAUUUCCCAUCGCUUGUCGAGUAUCAAAGUCUUCAAGUGAAAUAGCCAAGAACGACGAUCAGAGUCCAAAACCUUGCAUGCAUCCUCCAAGGAUGCAUGAUUAGAAAGGGGCCGUGGGAAUGACAAUAGGAGCGAUUGUGGGUUGGGAUCCGCAUUUAUAAAUGGAUAAUUAUUGUUCUCCUUUCGCUGCCCAACGGUGAAAUGGAGGAUGGCAGGACAUGAAUGUUUACAAGUAGCUCUUUAAACAACUUUUGACUCUGGAUCGCGUUUUAUACUUGAACAGUGAGCCAGGAAAAAUAAAAAAGAGAAAAAAAUCAGAAGGAAAGUUUGAGAAUCACUGCAACCAUCCAAAUGAAAUGUAUACAGUCAAGUUCUUUAAAAGCUCCAAGAAAUCGGCUUCAUUGCCCAUUUCUACAUUCCAAGCCAAGGUAUCUAGUAGAUCAAAGCGGUCACCCACCACAGUUCGCAAUGACUCGUGAAGAACUCCUAUAUUCAUAGAAAGAUAAUUGAAUAACCUAUGCAUUCUAAAAACUCUCACUUGGCAACAUCGGUUUCUUCACUCUGUUCCAAAAACAUACAUUGAUGAGCAUCUCAUACUUUUGGCAGCCAAUGAUAGAAAUUAAAAUAUCUUCUGUCGCUGAUUCAUAAAACAGUUGCCGCCAAGAGAAAUUAUAACACAGAAUAUGAACCUUCCCCAUUGAAAGAAUACGAAUCUGCUCACCGUUGUCCUCCUUCCCACACAAGCUUUUCAAAGGAACGCAUACCGACCGGCCAAAAAGCUUACAACCUCAUUGUAGGUAACAGCGACAUCUUCCAUGCAUUAAGAUUGUCUGACAUGGCCGUUGCACAGAUGAUCGAAUUCCUCGGGUGAAUUAAUAGUAUGAUGCAUACAUGAUAACUCAACAGAGUGUGGCAACAGAUUACCCAGAGCUUUGCAUGACUCGAUUUAGGGAAAACCUAUGACCGCCCUUUAAAUAGAACAUCUCUCUCUGGCAAACAAGGAAGGUACAGAAAAGUGUGGAGCAUGUCUUGCAGAAACCAAUUGGGCUUCGAUUGAGUUUAAACUCACCCAAAAUAACCUCGAGAAAUGAUGACAUUUUUAGCUUCUUCUACAGAAACGUUUUCCGCAGCUUCCUGGACAAACUCUAAGUUACCAAAGAAGCAUACAUAUCAUUAAAUAGAACCGUAAAACACACAAACUAUGUUCAACAUGCGAAAUUGAUGAAUAAGGAACACAACAUAAUCCUAGAAUUCUAAGACGAUUGCCUUAAGGGAAUUUUUUGACAAAUUCUACCAACAGGGUUUGUGACCAAGUGUGCUGACAGCUUGCCUUUCAGAAAAUGAAGAUCAGCAAGGAUUUACGUUUGAAAGAUUUUAGGUGACUUUCUUAAUUUCCCCAGAAAUUCCUGGUUUUCGUACUAGCAUUCAAUCAAGGCACAGUAGCUUGUAGUUCAGGAAGCAAGGCUGGUCACAUUUAGAUUCGUCAUAAUAAGAAGAAAACCGUUCUAUCAAAAGAUAAAAUGCAGAUCCCUAAGAAAAAAAGCGACUAAUGGCAGGUGAGAAACCAAAAAUAUCACUAAGCACACUCUCAUGCCGAGUUUUCGAGAGGCAAAUAAAAAGCCCCAGGAAGGGACAGACAGUAAUAAUUUGCCAAAUUUUCUACCAUUCUAAAAGUUAAUGAAAUCGGGCACAACAGCAAUAACUGCAAUCUAAUAAUCUAUGCCCUUAGGAAACCGCCAUAAAACCAACCGAAUAAGGUGCAGGGGCUGAUACGUCACAAUUUUAUUGAAUAAUAAUUUCAUUUUUCCGCGGAGAAAACCACAAUUGUGAAUACAAAUAUAAUUACUACUCACUGACGAUCGAAUAAUCUAUCUAAAAUCAGAAAAAAGGCCUAGGACCACAAACAUUACCGUUUCUACCUUAUAAAGCAUAAACUUCAUCAUAAAAUUUGCACCAAAGCUAAACCUAGAUAUGAAUGACACUCAAUACAGCAUAGCGUCAAAUUAACAGGAACAUAACCAGAUACCAAUUACACAACUCAGAAGCACCAAAAUCAAAACAGGCUCGACAACAUUCAGCUUGAACAUUACCUUGGGCAAAGUUUCCAAGUAUACAUCAGGGAUCUCCAUCUCAGCAAGUACCCCACUAUUAAUUGCCAUAGCUGCCUUGAGAAUCUGGUUGGCACAAUCUCUACAUUGUUGCAAUCGUUUCCUGGAAUCCUCUGAUAGCCCAGUUGGCGGAACCCUGGGGCAUGGAAGCCACCAUUUCUCUUCCUGCCUGGGUGAUAGCCUCUCAAAGGAGGAUAAUGGAUAUGCAGUGUUCUUACCAUCAUUAGCAUCAGCAACUAAAAUCUCCCUGUCAACAUACGAGAAAUCCUUGUCGCAGAAACCGUCCAGUAUACUAAGGAGCAUAGUAUCAAGUUUUUUAAGAGCUGGAAGAUUCAUGUAUAGGUCAGAGCGGGGACAAGGGACCAUCACUUCAAAGGUUCCUCCACCAGGGAACUCCUGAAAAGAAGGAAUCAGCUCCACGAUAUAGUCACACACGCUCAGCAGCCAGCCCAUCUCUCUCUGCCACAUUGUCUUCUUCUGCGGCGCUAG